UUGUUGUUAACCAUUCAGUCUUCCAACCUAUCCAUUCGUUCAUUUGUUUUUCUUUUCUUUUUUUUCUUGUGACGUUGAAGGAAUAUUUUUUCCUGUACUAAUUGUUUAAAUUCAGUGAAAUUUAUUUUUCCAACAACAUCAGUUCAUCACUCAACAUGUAUCGAAUAAAUGAUCAGACAAGACAAAUGGCAUGUAAUUUUUCAUUGCCAAUAACUUCACCAGUUAAUUCAACAAUGACAUCAGCUGGAUUUUAUGAUUCAUCAAGCUAUCGUGAGAGUUAUUCAAUUUCAACACCAAAUGUUACCAGUCCAAUUGAUAAUACAAAUCAAUAUUAUUUAAAUAAUGUGAAUAAUGUAUCAUCAAAUGGAUUCUACAAUGAUUCAUUAAAUUAUCAAAAUGGAUAUUAUUUGAAUCAAUAUUAUUCAAAUCAAAUGAACAAUAUGGAGAGUACAAAUGACAGAAGUACAUCAAAUCCUCCAAAUUAUAUAGAAAGACAAGAUUCCUUGAUGCCAAGUAUUUUAUCAACACGUAAAAUUCAUGUAAAUCCAAGUAUUCUUCUCUCAAAUCACCAAACACGUUAUUCAAAUCAAAACCCACUAGUAUCAUCAUCAGAUACAGAUUACACAAAUGACUCACAGUCAUCACAAAAUGAUUAUGAUGUAAAAACAAAAUCAACAUCUCCUGAGCUAAGACGUAGAUCUUCACGUGAUAAAAAAUCACCUCGUCCAACUGCAACAAGUUCAAGAAAAGCCAGAAGACGUAGAUCAAGAAAAAGAUCUGAUGCAUCUGAUGCAUCUGAUGCACGUAGAUCAAGAAAAAGAUCUGAUCCAUCUGAUGCACGUAGAUCUUCACGUCAUAAAAAAUCACCUCGUUCAACUGCAUCACUUGCAACAAUUUCAAGAAGAGACAGAAGACGUAGAUCCAGAAAAAGAUCUGAUGCAUUGAAAGAAUGCAUUGAUAAAAUACGAGCAAUUGAUGAUAAUACAAAAAAAAUAAAACCAAAGUGUAUUGAUGCAAGAGUUUUGUUAAAUGCUAAAGCAAAAUAUAAAGAUCAGUUAUCAACAAUAACAAAUAAUUUAAUUGAUGUUUUAGAAUCUAGAACUCAAUCAGUUGACAAAACUUUUUCACCAAUUGAACUUAAUACUACAAAAAAAAAUUCUUUGGCUGUGAGAAGUAAUCGAUAUUCUCCAAUUCGUUAUGAUGACUCAGAAGACGAUAAAAAUACUUCAUCUUCAUCCAAGAACAAUCAGAAAACAUCAGUUAGUUAUAAAUUAAUUAAAAUUGAAAAAACAGAAGUUGAUGAUGAUCAUGAGGCACCAUGGGAUUAAUUCAAGUCCAAACAUUAAAAUUUAUAAAAAGUGAUAACAAAAACAUUCCUGCCAAUUGAAAAUAUUAAUUAUAUUUUGUGUUAUUAUUAUUAAUUUUUUGUUUGCAUCAUAUUUUGGCAGAAAUUUUUGUU